AUGGCAUACAACGGCUCUCCAAAUCUGCAAAGCUCGACCAUACCCUCCAGCGCCUCUAGUAAUGAUGGCAGUAGCUAUCCCAUUAACUCACCGACUGGUCAACCUACCGACAAUACGCAAUACAUAGUUAACGACCCGAACGUAGCAUACGCUAUUGGUCCUGAUGGUAAUCCUGACUUAAACAAUCCUAUAUACGUCGCUGAUGAUGGUACCCCGGUGGUUCCGAUGGCUGAUAAUCCUCCAAUCAUAAUGACUCCAGCACCACCGCCACCGCAGACAUUCUGGACCAAGGAAGUCUUUAUUGCAAUUUUUGGAAUAGUAAUUGUUCUAAUCGGCGGUAUAUUGUUGGGAGUAGCAAAUUCAACGGCUAAAAGUUGUGUCAAAAAUUGUGAGAAUCAAUAUCUCCUCAAUUAUGAUUUUUAUAGCAGUGAUUUGGAUUAUUACGACUGCCUUAGCAAAUGUCAGAGUCAAUACAAUGCUAUGAGAGGUUCCGGUAUUGCGCUUUUGGUUAUUGGAGCGAUUGUGCUACUGGGAGAUGGAGCUUUCAAGUAUAUCUCACUCCAGCAGGUUCAACAAUCAAUGCAACAACCGCAAAUGCAGCAAAUGCAAAUGCAAACGUAG